ACACUUGAUAUGUAAUCUCCACACAACAACCCAAAAGCUUCUCUUGCAGUAUCUCUCACAUUAUACUCCUUUGGCUUUUCCAAAUUCAUUAAUGGCCGCAGCAACAUCAUCCUCAACAAUUGAACCUCCAAAGUAUGGAAGGCUCAUUACAAUUCUUAGUGUUGAUGGAGGAGGAAUUAGAGGAAUCAUCCCUGCUGUUAUUCUUGAAUACCUUGAAUCUCAACUUCAAGCACUAGAUGGCCCAGAGGCACGUCUUGCAGAUUACUUUGAUGUAAUGUCGGGAACAAGCACAGGGGGCCUUAUUACAGCCAUGUUAACUGCUCCCAAUACCCAAAAACGCCCUUUGUAUUCUGCGAAACAGAUUGUCCCAUUUUACCUCGAACACUCUCCACAUAUUUUCCCUCAGUCAAGGGGGAUAUUUGGUUCAAUUAUUGGAUCGGUGAAAGACGCAACGGGACCAAAAUACGAUGGAAAGUAUCUUCAUAACUUGGUCAAUAAACUGUUAGGGACAACGAGGUUGCAUCAAACUUUGACUAAUAUAGUCAUUCCUGCUUUCGACAUCAAGAAGCUCCAACCUACUCUUUUUUCCUCGUAUCGGGCCCCAGCAAGCUCAGCCAUGGAUGCUCGCCUGGCAGACAUUGCUAUCGCUACGUCAGCAGCUCCAACAUACCUUCCUUCUCACUAUUUCACUAACCAAGACAAGGAUGGAAAUACUGAAGAAUUUCAUCUCAUUGAUGGUGGUGUGGCUGUUAAUAAUCCGUCUUUCCUUGCCAUCAGUGAAAUGACCAAACAAAUAGCGAAAAACAAUUCGAGCUUCGACUCGAAUUCUAUGCCUUUGGAUUUCAGUCGUUUUCUAGUGAUCUCAUUGGGAACGGGUUCGAACAAGACAGAGCAGAAAUACAAUGCUAAACUUUCUGCCACGUGGGGACCUUUAUCAUGGAUUUAUUACCAUGGAUCAACUCCUAUUAUUGAUGUUUUCUCUAAAGCAAGUGUUACUAUGGUUGAUUACCACAACUGUGUGUUUUUUCAUGCCUUGGGUUCUGAUGAUAACCAUCUCCGGAUCGAUGAUGACACGCUGACAGGAGACCUAUCUUCGGUGGACAUAGCAACACAAUCGAACUUGAACAAUCUAGUGGAAGUGGGCAAGAAGCUACUCAAAAAACCACAUUCACGCAUUAACUUGGCCUCUGGCCAUUACGAGCCAAUUCCAAACUCCACCACUACCAACGAAGAUGAACUCAAAAGGUUUGCAAAGCUACUUUCGGAGGAAAGGAGGCUUCGAAAAUCCAAUGCAAAAGCCGCUUAUUAGACUUAGAAUAAGUGCCUCAUUAAGUUGAUUAUCUACCAGUCGGACACAAUAUAUAAAGCUUGAUCAACUAGCGAUCUCGUUUAAAUAACUACGAAUUUGGGAUUAGUAAUUUUACUUCUAUAUAUGCAUGUUUUAUUAAUUUACUUUGAAACUAAAACACUCUUGUUGUGAUGUUGUUAAUAGUAUUAAAUAUGGUUUGUUUAUUUCAGUGUAAAUAAAUUAGUAUGUUUUUGCUUUUUGUUG